UGUGCCAUGCAGGGGGUGAAGAUUAUGGGGUGCAGGAGGUGCUGAGGUGCAGGUUAUGGGGUGCAGGGUGUCCCGUGCAUGGGGUGCAGGGUGCACAGCCCAUGCAGCACGCUCUGCUUUGCUUCAGUUUGCCGUGCAUGGGGUGCAGGGUGUCCCGUGCAUGGGGUGCAGUGUGCCAUGCAUGGAGUGCGGGGUGCAGGGUGUCCCGUGCAUGGGGUGCAGAGUGCAGGGUGUCCCGUGCAUGGGGUGCAGGGUGCACAGCCCAUGCAGCACGCUCUGCUUUGCUUCGGUUUGCCGUGCUGGGCUGAGGCUGCUGAGGGCGCACGCCAGGCCGAGCCGCGGGGAUGCAGAGCAUCAAGUGCGUGGUGGUGGGCGACGGGGCGGUGGGCAAGACCUGCCUGCUCAUCUGCUACACCACCAACGCCUUCCCCAAGGAGUACAUCCCCACCGUGUUCGACAACUACAGCGCCCAGAACACGGUGGACGGCAGGACUAUAAACCUCAACCUGUGGGACACGGCCGGCCAGGAGGAGUACGAUCGCCUGCGGACGCUUUCCUACCCCCAGACCAACGUCUUCAUCAUCUGCUUCUCCAUCGCCAGCCCUCCCUCCUACGAGAACGUCAAGCACAAGUGGUACCCGGAGGUGUGCCACCACUGCCCCAGCGUGCCCGUGCUCCUCGUCGGCACCAAGAAGGAUCUGAGGAACAACCCCGAGACCCUCAAGAGGCUCAAGGAGCAGAACCAGGCGCCCGUCACCACCCAGCAGGGCGUCAGCCUCUCCAAGCAGAUCCACGCCGUCAAGUACCUGGAGUGCUCGGCGCUCAACCAGGAGGGCAUCAAGGAUGUGUUCACCGAGGCCGUGAGGGCCGUGCUCAACCCCGUCCCCGCCAAGCCCAAGAAGCCCUGUGUCCUCUUGUGACGAGAGACCGGCCCGCGCCCGCCCAGGCCCCCGCCCCGAGCCGCCAGCCCCAGCCCCAGCCCCCCCACGCCCUGCCCCCGGGGACGGCAGCCCCAGCCUGAAGCCAUCAGCUGUAAUAACAGAGACCUCGUUUGCACUAACUGGCCGCCCGCCCCGGGGGGCUGCGGGACCCCCCCAGCCCAGCGCCGCCCCCGCCGCAGCGUUGGUCACACCUCAGGCCGGGCUCAGCCCGCUCCCAGCAGCCCCUCGGGGAUGGGGGGUUUGGGGGGCCGGGGUCCCCGGGGCCAGGGGAGCAUGUUCCCGUGCCGGCAGGAGCUGAGGGACUCUCCUGUCACCGGCCGCUCCCCGAGUUGCUUCCCCCUGAAAUAAAAGAGACCUGCCCCGGC